GACUUUCUUCCUCUACGACCAGUACUCCUGGAGUGACGGAUACUGUUUCAUCUCCGCAUCUCUCUGUCCAUUUACGUGUAUUAAUAGUUGGAAAAUGGCAGCGUACAAAAUAGUGUUAAUCCGCCACGGGGAGAGCUGUUGGAAUCAAGAGAAUCGCUUUUGUGGUUGGUUCGACGCCGAUCUGAGUGACACAGGUGUUCAAGAAGCCAGGAGGGGCGGACAGGCAUUGAAAGAUGCGGGAUAUGAGUUUGAUAUCUGCUACACCUCUGUGUUGAAGAGGGCAAUCCGAACAUUAUGGCUUGUUCUGGAUAGCAUUGACCAGAUGUGGCUGCCCGUGCAUCGGACGUGGCGAUUGAAUGAGCGUCACUACGGUGGUCUGACCGGCCUGAACAAGGCCGAGACCGCUGCUAAGCACGGCGAGGCUCAGGUUAAGAUCUGGAGGCGUUCAUAUGACAUUCCACCUCCUCCUAUGGAAGGUGACCAUGAUUUCUACAAAGUCAUCAGCAAGGACCGGCGUUAUGCUGACCUUACAGAAGAUCAGCUGCCGUCCUGUGAGAGCCUGAAGGACACCAUUGCACGUGCUCUUCCCUUCUGGAAUGAGGAGAUCGUCCCUCAGAUCAAAGAGGGCAAGCGGGUGCUGAUCGCUGCCCAUGGAAACAGUCUCAGGGGCAUUGUGAAGCACCUGGAGGGCAUGUCCGAGGAAGCCAUCAUGGAGCUGAACUUACCCACCGGCAUCCCCAUCCUGUACGAGCUGGACAAGAACCUCAAGCCCAUCAAACCCAUGCAGUUCCUGGGAGACGAGGAGACGGUGCGCAAGGCCAUGGAGGCUGUGGCCGCCCAGGGCAAAGCCAAGAAAUAAGGCAGUUUGUUAUGUUUACCGCUGUAACCCCCCCCCCCCCCCCC